ACCCACAGGAUGCGGACGAAUCUCACCGAAUGCGGCAUACGAUACAUGUCAAACCCGGAGCUGUCGUGGAUAUAUGGAUACAAUGGCACAACUCGAGGAAUACCCCGGAACUUCUCGACACAAGCCACCUUUGAGGGAUGUGAAGCUCUUUGCGGUCACGGCACUGACUUUUAUCCGUGGGCAACGAGCUCAGCAACCAUUACAACAUGGAUCCUGCCAGUAAUCGGGAUGAUUCUGCAGGCUCCUUUCGAAAGCAAUGCCUUCAGACGAACGAUGCUAGCUAUACUUCGAUGGCUAGGAUCUCCAAUGAGCUCGCUUUCCUACAUCCUAUGGAAUAUAAAGGUUUCUGGCAAAUGCGCGCUGAUAGUUGAUAUGUCAGUACCUUACGAUAACUCGGUUCCCAACAAGGAAAGUGACUUUGCUCACAUCCGGGACUCGUUCUACCUGCUCAUGACGAUGAACCAAUACACUAUGAACGACAGAGCAUCGUCCCGGAAGUCAUCCGAGGGUUUACUACGUAUCGUGCUCUUCAGUAGAGAUCUUCGCCUGCGAAAUUCAAAAUUGUCAUUGAAGCAGACGCGUGAGAAGCUAGCAGAAGAACUAAGAGAAGGUCGAAAAAGAGGGGUAGUACCAGUCUUCGUCUCGACCAUGUGGUUUCUCUUUGCCCUCGCAAUUUCUAUCCAAAGCGCCUUCGGUUUCCUAGGGGAGAACACAACUGCACAUGAUCUAGCACUGGGUUUCUUGCUCUCCUGGCUUCCAGUCCUGAUUCUCGGCGGCAUUGUCGAUAGGAACCCCGUUGCCGCAGAAGACGUCCGACGGAAAUUAAAUAAGCUCGUUGACCAUGUUCGAGAGUCACUUCUAAACGAUGAACUUAGGAACGAGUUCAUUAGAUCGUUUGAAGGCCAAGCCGAGUUCCCGAGGUUGGAGGCCUGGGUGAAGGAAGUCUAUGAUGACUGCGAAUACAUGACAAAAUUCUUCACCGCUUUCGCCGGCCAAGGAAGACUUCCAUGGCAUUAUGGAGCAGCACACCCCAUUCUUUCGGACAUUGAACCUUAUGUAGCCUCCAAGGGACGCAACUGGCUCGACAACGAAGAAGAGGCACGAACUAAUCUCGUUCUCGGACUUGAAAAUAGAGGCUUGAUCUGGUUUGACUUCAGAGAGCUAUGGCAAAUAUUGGCCUCAAUUGGAAUCGUAACUUUUACCAUUGCCGGAGCCUUUGUUAUAUCGUUCUUUACCCCCACCGUCGGCUUGGGGUGUCGGAGUGGUGGGUAUCUCAUCUUUACCUGCAUAAGCUUUGGACUCCUGGUUUGUGAGCUGCUCGUUUGGUGGGCCUCGUCCCCGCCACAACCUGAGGAGCCGCAGUUGACCAAGCUGCUGAGCCGAACACGUACACGUUUGGAAAGCAACGCGUCAUUCGUGAGAGCCGGACGUACGUCGAAGAAGCUCUCGCACCGAACCUACCAAAUGAUAUUGGCUACCCGCGAUUUCAUUGAAUCGUGGAUGGUGAGGAUCGUCAUUGGCUUAAUCAAUAUCCUACCCCUACAUAACAAAGAGGACCGCUGUCGACGGAUUCGGGAAUCCAUAAUAGGCCGCUUCGGUACCAUCCAUAACUACACGCUGAAGGAAUGGACUCGAUACUUCUUCUUCAUACCCGUCGAGCUCGUGAACACGACCUGGCUCUGUUAUAUUGUAUUCGCACAGACCUCUGGUUCAUAUCAUAACUGCCGCUGCUCGACUUCCAUGUGGGGAGGUGGCGGUGGAUAUAUCGAUUUCAAGCAGUCGAUAGUCACAAAUACUCCCUGGGUACAUCUCUAUUGGAUCGGCGGAACAGUCCUUGGAUGUACGACCAUGGGUCUCUCCAUGGUCUAUAUUGUCAUAGAAUGGUGCCUUCAGUCACAUCUGAGCACGGAGAACUACUCCAAAGCCCAACGCGGGCUUCAAAGAACACGCCUAUACCGCAGGAUAACAUUUCCCAUUCGGAUCGUCACACGCUAUAUUGGCGAUACUACGUUCGACGCCUUCUGUUGGCUAUGCGCAAAGCUGAACGUCAAAUAUAAACACGAGCGGUUUUUGUUAUGGACCUACAAGACGACUUACUGGUACCGUCCUCCUUACUCCGGAGCUAGGAACUCACCACGGCCUCCCAACGACUACCAAUCACAACCAGGCCCACGCCCAUCCACAGACGCCAGCGCCCCUUUCCUAGGAUCGCCGUUCGCUCAAACGACUAGUCCUACUAUCACUCGAUCGCAUGAACUUCAACCUUACAUGUAUGGCAGCCCUGAUCCAGGUAUAGGACCGUCCAGCCCGCCUACUCAGUAUCGCCGCAAGAGUAGUGAAAUCUCGGUGCAGCAACACUCACAGUCUUUCCCGAGGUUCUCUACAGAAAUGCGCGAACGGGCGACUAGCGACUCGUCCCAAGUACCGCUCAUUCAAACGCCGAAAGAGGCACAGGGCUCAUUUAUUAUUCCCCGGAAGCCUUCUGGGGGUUUGAGCGUAGGCCUGGGUAUAUCAACGCCCGUAUCUCAAUCUCCAACACGGCCUAGUAUGGAUAGUGCAAUCAGUGCAAUUAGUCCAACCGAAAAACGGGGGAGGAGAUCAGAGGAGUAUUUGUCGCCGACAGAUAUUCAAAGGAGACCUUCAUCCGAAGAACUUUUACAGCCUCCACUGCAUCGUCCAACUUACGCUCGUCAGACAACGGAUGAGAGAUCGGGCCGAGGGAGUAGUGAAGAGAGGGAACGGACUCGCAGGGGAGUUACGUGGGCACCCGAGGAGAGAGAGACUAGGAAUUUUCUACCGUCGCAGGGACCGCGUUAUUCUUAACGUGGAAGGACUACUUUCAAAGGUUGAUUCCGUUUUCAUUUCUCACAUUUUGGAGGAGGUAUGGAACUGCGUUGGAUAUAAUGGUGAUGUCGGCCGUCUAAUCUGGAUCUCGGGCUUACAAUUUUCUCUUGCUGUACUCAUCAAUACUUAUAUGACAAGAACUCGAACUGUCCGCUCAAGCACCGUCUGUAAUGCUCUAGCAGUCCUUUAGCAAUCAAAACAAGAUGUAAAAAGCCUCGGCAUGUAGAUCAAGUACAUAU